AUGCCUGGCCCAUUCACUUCGAAAUCUUUCAGCGCCACACUACCCAACUCGCUCGCCGCCCGAUACCGAAAAUCACUCCAGAAACAUCCGUUCCUACUCUUCGGCCUACCAUUCCUCUCCACCAUCGUUCUAGGGUCUUUCAUGUUGACGCCCGCCACAGCGCUGCGAUAUGAGCGCUACGAUCGCAAGAACCAACAAAUAACACAUGAGCAGGCUAUGGGCCUGAGAGGAGAGCGGAGGAAGGUUAAUAUGAAGGAUGAGUACUACAGAUUGCAGGCUAAAGACCUCGAGGACUGGGAACAGAGGCGUGUCAAGAGGCUGCCGGGAGAGCCAGACGGCACACUUGUGUAG